GGCCGGUCUCUCCGGUCCCCGGAGCCGCAGGGCAGCAGCCGGGCUGGGCCCGCCGGCCGGAGCCUCCUGCAGCGCGGGGAGGCGCCCGCCGGGCAUGGCCGGGAGACCCGGACCCGCCCCGCCUGCCCAGACUCCAAGUCCAGAAGGGACCCCUGUGAUCAUCCAGUCUGGCUGAAGUACACAGGGAUGGAUAACCCCCCUGAGAGAUACUUGCUAUGGGUUAUCGCUGUGAAUCAUUCACAAAGCUAGGGCUGACAUGGGACUUGGACCCUGUGCUAGCCUUCUGCCCAGGGGUGCCAGUGAUAUUUGAUGACGUUGCUGUCUAUUUCUCCCGGGAGGAGUGGGACAUGUUUGCGGAGUGGCAGAAGGAGCUGUACCGGGAGGUGAUGACGGAGAACUAUGAAAUGCUGCUUUCUUUGGGCUACCCAAGCCCCAAGCCUGACCUCUUAUAUCGGCUGGAGCGUGGGGAAGAGCCGUGGGUCCACACACCGCAGGGCCCCGUGGCGUGGGAGAGCCCCUCUCCGGCAGAGGAGGAGGAGCUGUGCUGUGAGCCGUGGGUCAGCCCCCAGCAGGACUCCAUGGUGUGGGAGCCUCCGGAGAGCCCUUGCCGAGGCGGCGAUGUCCUGAGUGGGUCCGGGGAGCAGCAGGGCCGGUUAUGGGCCAGCAUCCUCCAGUGCGCCGUGGCGUGGGAGAGACCCGAGAGCAUCGGCCGAGCAGAUGGCAGGGUCAGCAGCGGUUCUGAGGAGCAGCAUCCAGAUGAAGGGGCUGAGACUCUGCAGCCCUACAGGGUGUUACUCCGGCGAUCAGAAGAGGGAGCUGUCCUGAGCCCUGAGCUGCAAGGAGCCUCCCGGAGCUCAUGUGGGGCUCAGAGAGCGGAGAGUGAGCUGGGGGCCACGUGGGGGUGUGACCGGUGCUCUAGGAACUCCCUAAAUAUGCAGUCAGGGCCUGAGACUGGAGAGGGGCCGAGCCCGUGCCCGGAGUGUGCUCCGAGAGCCAAUGGGACGGCCCCUCCCGAUGUACAGGAUAGCAGUGUUCCCAAGAAGGAGAAACCCCACAAGUGCCCGGAGUGCGGGAAAGGCUUCCGGAGGAAGUGGGAUCUCACCAAGCACCAGAGAACCCACUCGGGGGAGCGUCCCUACCCCUGCACGGACUGCAGCAAGAGCUUCAGCCACGUCUCCAACCUCAUCAAGCACCAGCGCAUCCACACGGGGGAGCGGCCCUUCGCCUGCAACAUCUGCGGGCGCAGCUUCACCCUGAAGCAGGUGCUCGUCCGGCACCAGCGCAUCCACACGGGCGAGCGGCCCUUCGCCUGCACCAACUGCGACAAGAGCUUCAAGGACAAGCAGAAGCUGACCAUCCACCAGCGCAUCCACACCGGCGAGCGGCCCUACGUCUGCGCCGACUGCGGCAAGAGCUUCGGGCAGAGCCAGCGGCUCAAGACGCACCGGCGCAUCCACACGGGGGAGAAGCCCUACCUUUGCAGCGACUGUGGCCGGGCCUUCAGCCAGGUCUCCAAUCUGUACACGCACUGGCGCACGCACACGGGCGAGCGCCCCUACCCCUGCUCCUACUGCGGCAAGAGCUUCAGCCUGAAGCACGACCUGACCAAGCACCAGCGGGUGCACACGGGCGAGCGCCCCUACCCCUGCGCGGACUGCGACAAGAGCUUCAGCCAGAAGCAGGACCUCACCAAGCACCAGCGGGUACACACGGGCGAGCGCCCCUACCCCUGCGCCCAGUGCGGCAAGAGCUUCAGCAACGUGUCCAACCUCCUUGCCCACCAAAGGACCCACCUGGGGCAGCGCCUCCCAGCGGCCGGCCCGGCCCGGCCCGGCAAGGAAUGAACCAUGGGGGUGCUGCUGCGAGCCGGUCAGGAAAUUGGAGUACCACGUCACUUGGGCUGUGAGCCGCGUUCCGCUCCCCUUCCCGCCAGUGCAAGUCAGGAGCCCCUCCAUUCGCUUCUCAGCGGAUGUGCUAACUGAGGAAGCUGAGCGGAGGGGGAGCAGGGAAAGGGACUAGCAGGGGGUGCUAGAUCAAGCCACCCCAGCCGACAUGUUGUCUGGCAGCACCUCCAGGACUGAGAUCCCUUUGGUUUCAGUAGCACUUACACCAGGGUCUGAUCCACCCCACGACAUCUCAAGCAAGUGUAAGUUACGCUUUUGUGGCCCAGGCUCUGGCAGCCAGCUCCGGGCAUGUUUCAUAGAAUAUCAGGGUUGGAAGGGACCUCAGGAGGUCAUCUAGUCCAACCCCCUGCUCAAAGCAGGGCCAAUCCCCAACUAAAUCAGCCCAGCCAGGGCUUUGUCAAGCUUGACCUUUCACUCCAUUACCGCUUAGCCCCGCUUCUUGAGCGGCUCGCCCCAGAUGGGUGACUCGCCCUGCUGACCCAGGCCUCGCCCCGGGAGGAGCUGCCUGGCCCAGACAGUGCAGAUCACUGCGGUAAUAAGGGCUCUAGUCUAGUGUUUCUCAGAUGCGGCCACCAGGGGCUUUUCUUGUGGCCACAGCAGGGAUCGGGGAGGGGGGGGCGCCGCAAAGCAUUGGCCCCACCUCCAAGGCUGUCAGUAGUGGUUGGGCUCUGCCCCCGUCUGGAGACACACAAGCUGGAGGAGCAGGCAGCCAGUGAGUUCCCCACCUUCCUGGGGGCAGCGGGGUCGGGCAUCAGCCCUUAAGUGUCGGGCUCCAGCCGUGGGGCUUCAGGCUUCAUUCCCUGGCUCUGCCAUGGCGGGCUCUGGCCCCGAGUUCAUCCUCUCCAUCACCCUGGCCCCCACUGCCUUCCCCUGAGCCCUAUCGUCCCUGGCCCCCGCGGUCUCCAUACCCACUUCCCCAUCCGGGCUUAAUUUGUCCCCAGGCUUGCCGGGACUGAGUCACUCUGCUGUGAGAAGUGAUACUUGUAUGUUGUUAGCACUUCUCACAGCAGACUGACUCUCUAGCAAGUCUAAAAAAAAAGCAACCCAAAAAGCAAAAGAAAGAAGAAGAAAAAAAAGACAAGAACGUGCAGAGCACCUUGUGUUUCUAUUCUGUUUAGGGCCAGUAAAGAAUAGAGACAACUGUACAUUAUUUUUAAUAUUGAGUCUGCAAAAAACCAGACAUAAAUGAAUCACACUGACCUGGA